GCCGACGUGCCAGGACGCUACUCCAUCCCGUCGCGUUCUCCAGGAAUCGGUAUGCGAUAAUCUCGAAUCCACGGAAACCACCCCUGUAUUCCACAGAUUGCAUCGGCGACAGGAAACGAGCCUUGCAAAUUUGCACCUGCGAGCCGCAGAAAUCUACGAGCUUGCCCCUCGGGUUCUUGGCUGCUGGUGGCUUCGUGCUCAGAUGCUCGGUAUAAAUAUCGCCGCUCGUCGUGUCCGUCUCUGGCAUCAAGCGAGACUAGCCAAGAAGAGCGAGAGAGAGAGAGAGGGGGAGAGUAGAGAGAUAGUCGACGGCGGCAAUGGCCGACGAGGCGGCCACCACACCGCUGCUGACGAGCUACAAAGCUAAGACGGCGACGGGGAAGGCCCCGUCCAUCGACGACGCGAUCGAGACGUACAUCGGCGACACCGGCGCCGGGCAGCUGUUCAAGGCGAUACUGCUGGCCUUCGCGUGGGCAUUCGACGCGCAGCAGGUGUUCAUCUCCGUGUUCACGGACGCGGAGCCGCACUGGCACUGCACCGGCGGCGGCCACUCGUCCUGCUCGCCGGCCGCGGCCUCGCCGUGCGCGCUCUCGCCUGGCGCGUGGGCGUGGGACCGCCCGGCCGAGACGUCGGUGGUCUCGGAGUGGGGGCUCAAGUGCGCCGGCCCGGCGCUGGUGUCCCUCCCGGCGUCGUCGUUCUUCGCCGGAUGCCUCGCCGGCGGGUUCCUGCUGACGACGCUCGCCGACUCUCUCUUCGGCCGCAAGAAGAUGCUCCUGCUGUCACUUGUGUCCAUGUCAGUCGCCGGUGUGCUCACGGCCUUGUCGCCGAACGUGUGGGCCUACGCCGCCCUGCGGUUCUUGUGCGGGUUCGGCAGGUCCAUGGUGGGCACAUGCGCUCUGGUGCUUUCUACGGAGCUCGUCGGCAAGAGGUGGCGCGACACGGUGAGCGUGGCGGGGUUCGCCUGCUUCACCGUCGGGUUCCUGUCGCUCCCGGCGCUCGCGUACACGUUCCGCGAGGCGUCGUGGCGGAACAUGUACCUGUGGACGUCGCUCCCUUCCCUCUGCUACUCCAUUCUUCUCUACUUCCUUGUCCAGGAGUCGCCGCGGUGGCUGCUGGUGCGCGGCCGGAAGCACGACGCCAUCGAGACGGUGCGCGAGAUCGCGGCGCUCAACGGCGGCGGCAUCACGUGCAGUUUCUCCAUGCUCCACGCGUGCGCCACGGAGCGCGAGGACGCCGGCGCCGGCGGCGACGGCGUGUUCGCAACGCUCCAGUCGAUGUGGGAGCGCCGGUGGGCGCUCCGGAGGCUUGCGGCGAUCAUGACGGCGAGCUUCGGCGUCGGCAUGGUCUACUACGGCAUGCCGCUCAACGUGGGCAACCUGGGCUCCAACCUCUACCUGAGCGUGACGUACAACGCGCUGGCCGAGUUCCCGUCGUCCAUCCUCUCGUGGCUCCUCAUGGGCAAGAUCAACCGGCGCAGCUCGGUGAUCGCGCUCACCUCGGUGGCCGGCCUGUGCAGCCUGGCGUGCGUCGUCAUCCCGGAGGGCUCCGGCGAGCGGAUGGCAGCUGAGGUGCUCUCCUUCUUCGCGACGUGCACGGCGUUCAACAUCAUCCUCAUGUACUCCAUCGAGCUGUUCCCGACGUCCGUGCGCAACUCGGCGGUCGGGCUGGUGCGCCAGGCGCUGGUCCUCGGCGGCGUGGCGGCGCCCGUGCUCGUCGCGCUCGGCCGGGACCGCAGCUUCUGGUCGUUCGGCGUGUUCGGGCUCGCCGUCGGCUGCCUCGGCCUGUUCGCCGCCUGCCUGCCGGAGACGAGGGGGAGGAGCAUGUCGGACACCAUGGAGGAGGAGGAGUACAAGGAGGCCGCCGCCACAAGCGACGGCAUGGAUAACAAUGCCGACCUCGUGUGAUCACCUCCAGCUCGCGUUCGUUUUGUACACAUCUUGGCGCCAGAUAUUUUUUUUCUCGUGCUGUGGAGAGACGACGAAGCUGUCACUCGUGUAAGCUACUGCCAACUUGCUGAAUAUAAUCAACCGAUCAAUAUC